UAAUGCCUCACCUCUGACUCUCAUGACAUCACCUUUGUCUGUAACAAAUCAAACUGUGACUCCUUUUGGGAUGCUGGGUGGCCUUGUUCCAGUGACCAUGCCCUUCCAGUUUCCCUUGGAGCUACUUGGCUUUGGAACGGACACAGCUGGAGUGACAACCACCUCGGGAUCUACCUCAGCAGCUUUCCAUCAUAGCCUAACUCAGAAUUUACUAAAGAGUUUACAGCCAGGAACUCAGCACGCAGCAACCCUUUCCCACUCACCUCUGCCUACACACUUACAGCAAGCGUUUAAUGAUGGAGGCCAAAGUAAAGGGGACACUAAGUUACCACGGAAACCUCAGUGACUUUCCAGCAAGCGA